AUGUCUUACUUAUAUUUUGAUGAUGCAGAGACUGAUGCUGGAUUUUCUCCAACACCUUCCAAGACAGAUCUGGCCCAGCACAGCCCAUUUACCAGUGCUCUUAGAAAAAUUGGCAGGCCUCUUGAUGGAGUAAAAGGAAUAAAUGUUAAAAUCUACAGAGAAGAGAAGUUGUUGACUCCUUUGCAACUGGAAAAGGAGUAUUCUGAUUGGAUUAUCCAAAUGCAUGAUCGUUAUGAUGAAGAGGUUGACAGCGGCGAGGACCAAGCUGUUUUCAUAAUCAACCCUGGAAACAAGAAGGCACUUGGUGUAUCAUCUAACGGUUCGAGUUACGUAUCUAUACCUAUCGGAGUAAUUGACUCUGGAGAGUUAGUAGCUGUUGGAAAAUUCGAGUGGGAGUGCCAGUUGGAGAAGCAGCGCUUGAAAGCUCCAUCUUCAAUUGACUUGCUAGAUGCCAACCAAUGUGAAGAGUUAGGAAUUCAUGAGGCGUUACCAGUUCAUGCACCCAUUCCUGCUGGACAAGACCCUCCAAAGGAAAUUGUAGCCAUUGUUCGGCCAGCAAAUUUCAGUUACUCCACUGCUCCGAAGAACUUGGAUCAGAAGUACAUUGUCAAAAAUAAAAUGGAAAUGUCAAUGGAAGUCAAAUUCAGUGGCGAUUCUGAUAUUUGUCGAGAAAGUAUUCUUUAUUCAUCUCGCGUGACACCAUCUUAUUAUAGAGGAUAUCAUGGUCUAUACAUCUUUUCCUUGCAGCACAAGUCUCAUGAACUAUUUCAGAAAUCGGGUAUAUAUAAAUUUCUGUUGCAUAUGGAUGAGACAAGCUGUAAAAACUAUGAAAAAGAAGUGACAGUUCUUGCAUCUGCUGAGGUUGGAAGGUGGCAACUUUUGGGCUAUGAUAAGAAUGAGCAUCUUAGAGUCAGGGUUGGAUCAUGCUUUUCACCUUUAGAUGUUGCAUGUUAUGACAAAUAUGGGAACCUCAUUCCAUUCCCAUCAACUCCAAAAGUCAAUUUGCAAUUCAAGAUGGGUAACGGCAUGUUGAUUUGUGUAAAGAAAAUGAAGGCAGGCCUUUCAUCUGACAAAACGACUCUAAGAAUUAAGGAUAUACUAAUAGAAAGUGGGGAUUUAGACAUCAUCCGGCCAAACUAUGAGGGCACAAUGCUUUUAUGUCCACCAGAUGAAUCUUUGUCCAUUUCUAUACCAUGUAAAGUUAUUCCUGGACAUGUGCGGCAAGUGUUGGCACAUCCAUCCAUGCGAAGUAUCCAAAUGCUUCCUGGGUGCAUAGUACAAGAACUCAAAUUGGAGAUGUUUGAUGCUUAUGGAAAUCAUGCUUUGAAGGGCUCUGAACUUCUUUUGAAGGUUGAGGGAUUUUCCCUUAAAGAUCAGAUGGGUAAAAAGCACAAGGUGGAUCAUGAUGGAUUUGUUCAUCUCAGUGGCAUGUUGAAAGUUACUGCAGGUUACAAUCAAAAUGUAUCGCUGUCUGUUACAACCGGCGGUGAAGAAAUAUUCAAGGAAGAGCUCCAAACAGAAAAAAGGGAGCUCAGAGUUGCAGAACCAGUGCCUCAGCUUUGUGCGGCUGGUUCCCAACUAGAGAAUUUCGUCUUCGAAAUUGUGGAUACAGAGGGUAAUCUCGAUGAGAAUAUCCACAAUGAUGAGGAAAAUGGCCAUUUUCAUACACUUUCCAUAAAACUGGACUCAUCCGUUACAAAAACAACCACUUUAUAUGCUUUCCAAAAGGGGCGAUGCACUAUUCCUUCACUUACUGUCCCUCGAGAUGCUGGUUGCUUUAGCUUCUCUGCUGUUCAUUCUCGUCACCGAGAGUUAUCUUUGAGCAUCAAGAUUGGCAUUCAGCCUUCUUCAGAUUUGCAGCAUGAGAUUCAAACCUUAUGUCCAAAUACGAAUAUAAUGAUGCUACAGGACAAAUCAACCCCUAAUAAUAUAGGGAAUGUUCUUUCCAUCAUCAAGAAUGAGUCGAAGCUAAUGCCCAUCAUCCUCACAUACUUAUAUGGUCAGUUGUGCCUUGUGACGUACAAUUACUGCUCCUCACUGGUUCUUGAGGAAACUGCUUUGUGCAUUGAACAUCGGGAAAGGGUUCUUGAGGAAACUGGUUCGCGCAUUGAACAUCGGGAAAGGGUACUGAAGUUGCUGCGUGACCGGAAGGUUGAAAUAGAGCAAUCUUUGGUGGAGUUAGGAGGGCCUUCCCCUUUGAACAUUGUGGACUGCUUUUUCGCCAAAGAGGAAAUGACAGACAUGAUAGAAAACAGAGAUGGCUCGGCGGCUUCCGUUCUCUGUGAACUGAUCAGAAAUUUUGCUUCAGAACGACCACAUGGAGGAUCUAGAGAUGGCAUCAUUGGUGUGGUUGCACUUCUUGGAACAAUUUGCAAUAUUGAGCUUAGCAGGAUCUUAGCCAAGUAUCUGGGUGAAGAUCAAAUGCUCGGGAUCGUGUGCACAAACUCCGAGAUGGCAUUUAGUCUCGAGACAUAUGACAAAAACGGAGAAGUUGAUCUCCAAAAUGCUGUUUAUGCAAAAGCAGCUGAACUUGGCAAGUCUAUUAGUGGUGAAUUUCGUGUCAUAUGUCUUGAGGAAAUAAGCCCAUACAGAGGAGAGAUUGAAGGCUGCGAUCCUCAAAGGAAACUGGCUUUUCCUCAUCCUACCUUACCUAGUGGAGAAAUCCCUCCAGGCUUCAUGGGAUAUGCAGUUAACAUGGUCGACAUAGACUUUGAUCAUUUGGCAACAAGAACAACUGAAGGCCUUGGUCUACGAGAAACACUAUUUUAUCGGCUUUUUGGCAAGUUGCAGGUUUAUGACACCAGAGAACACAUGAAGCAGGCCUGUGUCUGCAUAGAUCACGGUGCUGUAUCACUGGAUGGUGGAAUAAUACGAGAGGACGGCUUGAUUUCUCUAGGCUUCUGGUAUCUCCGUUUCUCCCUCCAAUUUUCCAGAUGUCGUUAGUAACUAUAAAAUUUCUGUGACUAGGGUCUGACCUAACUGAAAU